AUGAGAUUCACGCUCUCAACGUCCGCUUUCUUCUUCUUCUCAGGCAUUCGGCUUGGGAGUGGAUGCCCUUUGGUCUCGGGUAGUGUAAACUGGAAGAAGAGGAUGUCGAGAAAUCCUAUCGUCGCCAUCAUCAGAUAAGGGAAGCCAACGAUUCCGGAAGACUCAUCUGCUGCCGAGUUGUGA